AGGAUGCUUCCUAGUAGCAUCAUCGUAGCGCCACAGUAGAAAGACGCACACUCACUCAUUAUUCAUUCACAUUUCUUUUCUCUAUAUAUACCCUUUUUCUACUCAACUUAGACAAACACCAUCUUCUCUUUUCUCUUCUCUUCUCUUCUCUUCUCUCUUCAUAAUAAUUCAGCAACUUUUUACUUUUUCUAAUAAAAACAAUUUCAAUUCAAGUAACAAAUACUCAUGGCUAAUUUUGAAGAAGCUUCAGCUCUAAAACGCAUCAAAAUGCAUCUUCUUGGUGAAUUUUCUCCACUUCCAUCUCCUAUUUCAACACCUUGCUUUGAUUUUGAUUUUGAUUUUGAAUUUCAAACAAUCCCAAACAUAUCUCAAUCUGAAUCAAACUCUUCCACUUCUGAUUCAUCAAUCUCUUUGGAUCAUUAUUUAACUAACCUCCUUGAAACAGAUACACAAAUUCCUCUGUUUGAAUUUGACACAAAACCUCAAUUAAUGGAACAUGAGAGCCCUAAAGCUCUAACAUCAUCUCAUCAUGUUAAUCAACCUCAACGAACAGUAGAGAAGAAGCCUAAACUGAGCCGAAAACCAUCGCUGGAAAUCGCUCUACCGAAGAAGACUGAGUGGAUCCAAUUCGGUAAACCUGAUCCAAAACCGGAGGUGGUUGUUCAGAAACCGGAAGUUGCUGAGAAACAACACUACAGAGGUGUUAGACAAAGACCAUGGGGAAAAUUCGCCGCGGAGAUCCGUGACCCGAACAAAAGAGGUUCAAGAGUUUGGCUUGGAACCUUUGAAACUGCUAUCGAAGCAGCUAAAGCCUACGAUUCAGCUGCUUUCAGGCUGCGUGGCUCCAAAGCGAUUCUCAACUUUCCACUUGAAGUCAACGCAGUCGCAGCAUCGGCGGAAACCACCGUGGAAGGCAAUAAGAAACGGUGCCGUGAAGAAGAAGAAGAAGAAGAGGAAGAGGUGGUAGAAGUAAAACCGGUGGUGAAAAAGGAAAAAAUAACGGAAUAUGAUAUGAACUGUUUUAAAGAGAUGCCGUUAACGCCGUCUUUUUGGACUGGUUUAUGGGACGGUGAUGUCAAGGGUUUGGUCAGCGUUCCACCGCUGUCGCCGUUACCUUCCUUUUGUUUGUCACCUUUAGUUGUUGUGUGAAAUUUCUAUUCUAAGGUUCCUUGCAUCCUGAUAAAUUAGAGAUGUGAAUUUGUACAAAUUCAUGAAAUGAUUUCAUUUAUUCACUAAAUGUUUCUUUGGAUA